AACUCCCGCAGCUCUGAUGUCCCUGUAUUGACGUGAUUUUGUGACUCCGGUGCAUGAAUCUGAAAAUGCAUCAAUGCCAAACAUGUCAUUCGGCCACAGGCUAUCGAAUUGGAGCUUACGUCAGAACAGCAAGGCCCAGAGCCUUAUAAGAGCAUACGAGCAGGAAUAUCAUGAGAGAGAAUGAUUCCCAACAGAAAUCGAUUGACAUCGUACAAUGGCUCCUACAAUCUUCAUCGUUCCUGGGUUCUAUGAAGCCCCACGGUCUUCCAACCUCUCGCCGACAGCCUCAAUGGACGAGGCUUCAAAACACCCAAACAUGGAUGAUGAUAUCGCGAACAUCGCCAAGGACCUUGCUCCUGUCGUUGAGGAAGCAGGUGAUGAAGGCGUCGUUGCAGUCAUGCACUCAGCAGGUGGCUUUAUUGGGAGCGGUGCCCUCAAACGCCUGAAUUCUCAAGCCAGGCAGGAUUCUGGUAAGGCUGGAGGUGUGAAGAAGAUCAUCUUCAUCACAGCUGGGGUGGCACCUGAGGGCUAUGAACAAGGGCCAAUGGAGUUCUUUGACUACCAUGAGUCAAACGACGAAGAGGCCAGCGAGUGGCUUCCAGGUCUUCAACAUCAAGCUGACAGAGGUUGGGCGACCAAGGUUCAGUACUGCGGUUGGAGAGAGGUACCAAGUGUCUACAUCAUCUGCGAGGGGGAUAGGAUACUACCUGUUGAGCUGCAGGAAAGUUUCGCGGGUCUGGCAGGCAGUGAGAUUAUGAAGGUUGAUGCUGGACAUAUGGUUCAGUUGAGUCAGACUGAAAAGGUGGCCGGCAUCAUCGCUUCACACGCGAAUUAA